GCUUUCAGCUGCACCACCUUGGGUGAGAAACAAGGAGGAUGUGAGCAGCAGGACAUGGAGGAUGAGGAGAUAGGGAGGGGUAGAGGGGUGUCCAGCUAUCUGCAAUGCCCCCCUGUGAAACGGGAUAGGGGGUGGGCUGCACAGAGCUGCAGCAGAUUCAAGUUCUGUUUGAAGGAGGAAAAAUGGUUCCUGUGCAACAGAGCUGCUGCAUCCCCGGCCCGGAGCUGCACACUGCCUUCCUCUGAGGUGGAAAGAUCCCCGAGCUGCAGGGAUGGAACAGACACCCCAGGUAACCCCAUCGGAUUGGCGACGGCAGCAGCUGACACCACGGGCUGCGGCUUUCCCUGGGCUUUUAUCCCUGUGUCCCGUAUCCCUGCUCAUCCUUUCUCAGCACGUCCCGCAGCCCCGCUCCAUGGCGGCUCCCCACACUCCCAAAGAACCGCAGUUUUUGGAAGAUGCUUCCACCUCGUGGCCCUGUGCAGAAAUGACCGUCUGUCAGGUGCCAGGCUGCGCCCAUCAGCCCAAUGCCAGGCAAGGGCGGCUCUGUGCCACCCCAUUGCCGGUCCAUCACCGCCCCGCCCGAGCUGAGCUGUGACACCCGGUCCCCGACCCGAGCUUCGUUGCGCCAGGAAACCCCCACAGCUCGGAUUUCCCACCACCGCCCCGCAGUUUUGGCUGUUCUUAUUGCAUGGGGUGGGGGUGACACAUCCGCGGGUUUGCUCUGGGCUGCAGCUGUUACACCUCGCCUGCAAUAUCUUGAAGUCAGACGACCCCUCCCUUGCAAUUCCCGGGGGUCACCUCCCUCCCCAGCUCUGCUCCUACUGCCCGCUAGCGGGUGGAUUUGGGAAAAACACCUUCCGAGCUGUCGGAGCAUCCCUGCCUACUCGCGGCUCCAGCAAGCAGUGGCUUUGGAAGAGCUCUGCGCUGCACCGCGCUGAAAUACCCCACGGGAAUCCCCAUCCCUCCCCUCUGCGGAGCUCAGUGCUGCAGAAAUCCGCCUCGAUGCGCUCUAGCGGCGGGAUGCUUUCUCAAUAUUCACUGCAUCCGAGCUGCAGCAGCUCCUGGAAUUUGCAAGGCUGUAAAACUUCUGUAGCCAGGGACUCAUUGCAAACAGUCCGACCGUAUCACAGGUUGUGCAAGCAUUGCAUUUGUUGCAGUUCACUGCAAAUUUGCAGGAAUUCACCUUGCUAUUCAUCCCAGUGCUGCAAUAAUGCGUUCUGCCCCUCCUCAGCAGUGUCCAAUGUGUCUCUGUGCCAGCAGCUUCAGUUUGCUUUGAGUCUUUGCCUCUGGGAAGCAAUAUCCCUGGGUUCAGCAGUGCUGCCAGCAUCUCCAUCCCAUGCAUUGAACACACAGCAAACCUCAGUUCCCAGCUCUUGCAAUCUUGGGCUGAACCAAACAACGAAACAGAUUUCCCCAAUGGGAUCUGCAAACAGAGCUGAAUGAUUCAGUGUUUGCUGGGGGUGAGCAGGAUCCCUCUUUAUUUUGUGACAGCAGCAGUGUAAAGUGAUUACAUUUCUUGCUCUCUGUGCUUUUGUUAAGACACAAAGUCCAUGAAGGCUGCAAAUCCAUUCUCCAUGCUCCUCAUGUGCACAGCGCAACGCGAUUGUUACUUCUACUGCCAGUGCCACAGCUCCACGCUGUUGCAUAGGGAUGUGUCCAAGUGGGGGACUCUCAUGUCAAUAAGGGACUCACAUGUAGCAAGAAAAGUGGGUUGCAGAGAAAACCAUCCCAGGAGGACCUGUGGAAGCUCAGCAGCUCCACCUGUGCGUGCAGAGCCCUGCGGAGCUGCUGGCCUCUUGCAGUGUUGCUGACUUAAAGGCUCAGCUAUUUCACUGGGCAAGAUCCAUCUCGCACGGGCUGACACCGAGCAGGCAGGCAGGGUGUGAAGGACUGGAACUGGGCUCCUCUUCCACGGAACAGAUCUCACCUGCCUGGAUACAGAGCUUGUUGAAAGCAGGACCUGAUCCUGCUGCCCUGGCUGCAGCUCAAAGGAAGAGCUCCACACAAAUGGGGAAGGAAGCAGGGAGUGGUGAAUUCGGGAAGCGCUUUGUUCCACCCAUGCAGGCAAUUGGCACGGAUGGGUCUACAGGGGGUUAAGCAAAGGCCCGUGAAGAAACCUGCCAGCUCCGUGCAUCGCAGUCCCGAAGGAAAUUAAAUGCCUUGUGCCAUAUGGUGCACAGCAAGGGGGGGCUUUGGGGCAGCAUCCACCCCAGUGCACGGGGCAGGUGCAAGCUGGGGGCUUCCAACCCCACCAAGAAACACAGCCUGCCCGGCACAAAGCACGGUGAUGGGGAAGCAGGGGGAAGGCUGACACAUGUGCAGCCUAACCCACUGGCAGAGCAGUGGGGAGGCAGAGCCAAUGGCUGCUUCUCAUGCUCACAAAUGUGAUGCUCAGCGGGAACAGAAGGCAGCGCCUGCUGGCAGGUGGACGGCAUGGAAAGAGCGGACAGCGAUGAUCCCGGCAGGACCGGCUGCUGAGAGGUCCCCUUGGAUGCUCCAGGUGAUGCCCCAGUUCACUUUCGCUUGCUUCUGCGGGCUGCAUGGCUUCUGCAAGAUGAAGAGGAAGAAGGAGGAACCCAGUGCAGAGCAGGAGACGGCGGUGUGAGCAGCUGGGACAGGAGUGGGACAUCGGAGCUGCUGGGGGACAUUGGCUGUCCCCUCUCCUGUUGCCUCUAUAGGGAUCCCUGUGCUGCAGAGACAUUUGCCUGGCCAGGAGGGAGCUGAAACAUGGGAGUGCUCAAACUGGGAGGCACCAGCCAGCAUUGCAGACAUUAUUGGGGUGCUGCAGCCAUCCUGCCACAUGCACUGAGCCCUCUGCACCCCAACAGCUGCAGUCAGAGGAGGAUUCCCCACCGCCCUGCCCUCACCCCAGCACUGCUCUGCAGACAAACCCUAAAAGGGUUUCCGAAAUCCGGAGCCAGCCCAUGUCCUGCAUGGAUUAAUAGUGCUGGGGGGUGGGCUGCCUCAGGGUGGUAAGUGCUCUCACGGCUGCAGAAUUGGCUGAACGUACAAGCAAGCUCUAUUUUUAAUGUAUUUAAUUAUUAUUUAUUAAGUUUUUCUCAAGCAAAUGUCUGGGACUGCAAGAAGCCAAUCUUCACCUCUCAGCCAUGCCUGGCUCUGUAGCUGCAGCACAGCAGAGCCUGUUGGGGACAGCAAGCACACCACCAGGCUCGUGCAGGGGACACAGUGGUGGUGGCAUUCAUUCCUGUGCCACUGAGCAACGCAGUCCAACAGGAGCCGGUUCGUGGUUGGCACAAAGGCCAACAGCCUCCAGGUGGUGUCACUGGGGGCUCUCUGCAGGGACAUUUCUGGCACAAUCGUGUCCUCCAGAGCAGAAAUCCUUAAGUUCUUCCACCUGCUGUUUCCCUUCUCUAUAUGCAGAACCCAAUCACAGGAGGAUGAAAGCGAUGCUCACGGGUACCAGGCAGGAGAUGCUCACCCCUAGGGCUGCUCCUGCUCCCACUGCCUUCGCCUGGCACUGUGGCUGUUCCUGAGGCCCCCUGGAUCCCCAUUUCCCCUCCACCCUCUCUGUGCAUCCUUCCUACCUACAGUUAAAGCCAUACAGGAGCUCCCCACAUUCUGUGCCUUUCAGGGACUGUCCUACAGAUGUUCUCCAGCAGCCGACCCCUGGUGAGGGUCCCCACAGAUCUGGGGACAUUGCUGAGGUCUCAAUGUCACGAUGCUGGGCUCCAGCCUGCAUCCUUGGCCCCAUUUAUACCCAAAAUUCAAGAUCUCAUUUCAGACACUGGAGCCUCAGUGCUGCCAUGGCCAAGAAUUGAGAAAAGCAGGAGGGACAGCUCGUGGGGAAGGGUAAAUAGUAGGGGAACACGUCUCUGGAGCAGGGGGCAUGGACUGCAGCAGCCUGACACCCCCUGGGAGCUCCCACAGAAGGGGCUGAGCAAACUUAGAGAGCAAUUCCCCCCCGCCUUGUUAAGCAGCUCGACUUUCCCAGGGCUCUCAGAGCACAUUUGCACAUGACAAACAGAGCCGUAGCCACCAGUGACAGCUGCCCUAUGGAGAUCUGUUGGCUCAGCCAACACCCAGAACCAACACGGCCAGUAUUUUAUUUUCUCAUCUGAAGGAUUUAGGACAAAAAGCAGCCAGAAGUGCCAAGAACAGAAGGUGCAGCUGAGGAGCUCUAAAUCCUCUCCGCUGCUGCGUGCCUGUGGGCUGUGAUGGGAAGCAGUGGAUGGAUGCUGGCUGUGGGAUGGCAGCAAUGCCUGGUCCCUGUGCACCUACCCCAGGGUUGGGGGCACUCAGAGGGCAGUUUGUUUCUCCCCUCUCUGAGCUCAGGUGAUGUGAACUGAGUGAUUCCCUGCUGGGCUCCGGGUGUUGGCCAGGUGUCCCUGCCUUCAUCACCGUGGAGCUCAGCAGAUUUCAGCCUGGCAAGCACAGAUCAGUGAGAAAUGCUGUGGUUAAUGCAGGCUGUAUUGCGUCCUCUGGGAGCUCUGAGGCUGCAGCAGCCUUUUACUUUGCAGUGCACACAAGAAGCUCCCAGGGAAGCUGAAGACACCAAGGUUAAUGCUGAUGCACCCACCUUCGGGUUCAGCUGUUGGUGCCCCACUCCUGGGGGCACACAGUUGGUUCCCCCUAGUGAAGAUGUGGGGUGAUGACCCCUCUCAGGGCUCUUUUGGCAGCAGGGUGAGAUUCAGGGAGAUGAUGGGCAGCUUUUGCUCAGUUGGGUUUCACAGAGGCUAAAAUAUAGCUGUGGGUUGCGGGAGAGGUUCGUGACCUCAAAACCCUCACUGCUAAACCUCUUAGACUGCAGAUCCAUCACAGUUUGGCAGCAGAGGAUGUGCAGCUAACAGAUGCUCCGAGGCUCUGUGUCAAGCUGGAUGCACAGAGAGCAUCCCUGCAAAGGAUUCUGUGCAUGGAGGGAGUGCUCUGAGGGCUCCUGGGUGCUAAGAGAUGAGCUGGGAACUCUGCUGCAGGCUCUGCACUCAUGCUAUGCACUCACUGUGCAUGCUCUCCAUGGCACAUGCAUGCAGCACACACUGCACAUGGUGCAUGCCCAGCACACACUGCUCUGUGCACACACUAUGCACACACUGCUCGUGCCAUGCACACCUGCAUUGUGCACACCACCACGUUGCACACUGGUGUGUGCAGCAGCUCUGUGCUUGCUCAGGAGCACACCAUGGUUGCACACUGGCAGCUCUGUGCCUGCUUGGGCUGCCCCUGUGUCUCUAGUGCUCCCAUCCCCAGUGAAUGAAUGUAGGAUUUGAAAGCAAGACAGGCAGAUGCUCACCUACACCCAUUACAUGUGCAUGUGAAAACACAAUAAAUCAAGCAGGUGCAGCCUGAAUGCUCAGGAGCCCGAGCUACAGUUAUUUUUACAGUGAACUUCCCACCUCCCUGCACGGAUGGAGCUCUCGGAGCAACAAUAUGUUUUCCACCGUGGCUCCGAGCAACAUGGUUUGCUCCUGGAUUGACCUCUAUUGUGCUCAUAAACGGCUCGUGGUGCUUUUUGAUUCCCCCAUCAUCAUGCCUUGACCUCCAGAUUUAUGGUGAAGGUCCUUUCAGCUGCGUAUUGUUUCCCACCAGGCUCAGCCUGGCUCUUUCUGUUGCCAACCUGCCAGGAUGCUGCACUCUUCCUGCUGCCACCUGACGAUCCUGCAGCAGUCAAAGUAAAGUUGUGAGGCUUUUUUUUCUCCUUUAUUUUAUUUUAUUUUAUUUAUUUUUUUCCAUUGGCAGCAUUUUAACAAGGCUGGGAUGCUUCUGAGACUGCGAGGGCUGGGAGCUGACAGCUCUCUUCAGAAGAGAAACGCUCUCCCUGCCUCUCUUUCUCUCUCCCCCACAUUUGCACAAAAAACCCCAGGCGUUUUUAUAAGCUGGGAUUUUGCUUCUUGUUCAGGAUUUCCUCUUGCUCUCCCGAGCGACAGACACACACACACACACCGCCUUUGGCUCAUCCACACUGCUUUUGCUUCUCCCCUCCAGAAGUGGCUGCACUGCAGCAGCUAUAUCCUACCCACAUUGCAGGCAGUGCACACUCCUGUUGUCCCUCAAUGAUACCCAAACACUUUUCCAAGACUUUCCCACCCUCAGGUUGCCCGAAGCUGAGGCUGCUGAACCACCCAUGAGUUGGCUGCUGGGUGCUGAGCAGCUCCCAGUCGUGCAAAGGGUACAAAGUGCAAGAUGCAAAUCAUGCUUUCCAUUGCACGCUCUGUGUGCACUGCAUGACAUCUAUGCUGUGGCUUUCCAGGUUUGGGUUUUUUUUUUUUUCCUUUUCUUUUUACUGUUGCUCCUUAAGAAGAGGAACGCAGCACUCCUGAAAAAUGCAUUUCUUCCCACCAGCAAUAAUCCUCCUUUAAUCCUAUUUACACCAGGGAAAACAUCCAAGCGGGGGUGGGUGCAGAAGGAGGGUCCCCAUUGCACUCAGACUUUGGGGAUGGAUGGACCAUAGCUCAGCCCCUUCCAGCAAACCCAAGCACUGCCCACAUGGCACCUCCUGGUGCAGCUUUUGUGAAGGGGGGGGGAGAAGAGAAGGGAGAAAACCCCAUUCCUGAGUGCAUCUGUGAGGUGUUUUGUCAGAUCCUAUACAAUUCCCUGAUUCCCCCCUAAUAAACCUGCACUGAUCUCUGCAGUUGCUGCACUCACAUGGAGAGCUCUGCGGUGUCUAUGGAGGAUCAAAGCAUUCAACCUCUUUUUAUUGUCCUUCCCUUUUAUCCCACUGCCUGGAUUUCAUCACGAAAGGGACCUACCCAGACUUGUUCCUCAGGAGUCUCCCAGCCUCAGUAGCCAUAGAAACCAGCUAUUUUUAGUCUGUUUUCAUGAUGCCAGCAAAUGACUUUUCUCUACUUUGGAGAGACAGAAGACCAGGUCAGCCCCAUGCAUGGCAAAUGCAAAGCUGUGCAUCCCUUUGAGAAGAUAAACGUGGCAUUUGCAAACACGUAUCAACGCACAGAGCAGGUUUGUACUUAUUAUAUUUCCUAUCUGGACAAAUUAUUUAUGCAAAUUUCUAGAGUGUGGAUUUUAUCGACCUUUGGAGAUCAGGGUUUUUGCUAUGCGACAAACCUUGUCCUUCCCCGAGUUGGUUUUCAGCCUUCUUCAUACAAAUGAAAAAAGUUUUGGAAUCCGACCACCUGGCAGCGAUGGGAUGCAAUGGGCAAAGCCCCUCCAAGCAGAGAUGGGGACUGUUCCCACACAGAGCACACCAGGAGAUGGAAAAACACACAUCCCAAUGGCUUCUGCUCUGAUGGCUCUGACUGACAGCAGCGUACUGUGAAUUCUGGAUGCACAUCAUGACUGUGGUUUGCACUGAAGGACUGGUCUGUUGAUCAGAUCUAUUCUGUUCUGUUCUAUUCUAUUCUGUUCUCCCCCCUCCCCUCCUUUCCCCUCCUCUCCCCUCCCCUGCUCUCCCCUGCCCUCCCCU